AAAAGUUUAUCCUACCAAGUGUGUGUUUAUUUUAUUAUUAAAAAAAUCCACUUAAUUUCAUUUAAACAUACAUUUUUCUUCAUUUAAAUAAUUUAAAAAAAUAACUUCUACCAACACUAAUCAUGGCUGGUGAUAAGAAACGCCGUUCCCGAUCUCGCGACAGAUAUGAAAAAGAUAAUAGAGAACGUGAAAGGGAUCGUGAUCGUGGCCGCGAAAGGGAUAAGGAACGUCGUCGUCGUUCACGAUCACGUUCCAAAGACCGACAUGGUCGCGAGAGAUCUCCCGAAAGAAAUGCAAUGCGUUCAAUACGUUCUAGAUCCAAAUCUCGUGAAAGAAUGCGCACAAAUGCAGAUCCUCCAGAAAAAAACAGAGAUAGAAUUAAAAAUGAAAUGCCUAAAAAAGAAAUGAUUGAUGAGAAGAAACCAACAAAAAUGGAAAUGAUGAAAGUUGACAAGGAAGAAGAAGAAUUGAUUAAAGGUAAGAAAGCAGAACCACUUUCGUUGGAGGAAAUUCUAGAGAAAAAGAAAAAAGAAGAAGAAGCUCGAAGUAAGCCAGUUUUCUUGACAAAAGAGCAAAGAGCUGCAGAAGCUUUGAAACGUCGCCAAGAAGAAGUCGCUGCAAUGCGAGCCAAUCAGGCGGCCAAUCGAUCUGCGAUGCAGUCUGAAAAUAACUUCCAAAUGAAGUCGGAUAAUGAGAGAGAACGAGGACGUGACGAGAGACGAGAUGUCCGUGAAAGGGAUUAUGACAGAGGAGGACGUGAUCGGGACCGGCAUAAAGAUGACAGGGAUAAGGAAAUUAAACGUGUUGAUGAUUUGAGUCAAAAAGAUAAGGAAAAGGAACUUGAAGCUAUUCGGGAACGUUAUUUGGGAAUUAUUAAGAAGAAGCGAAGAGUUCGAAGAUUGAAUGAUAGGAAAUUUGUAUUUGACUGGGAUGCUGGAGAGGAUACGUCGAUUGAUUAUAAUAACUUGUACAAGGAACGGCAUCAUGUUCAGUUCUUUGGGAGGGGAAAUGUUGCAGGAAUUGACAUCAAAGAGCAAAAGCGAACCCAAAGCAAAUUUUAUGGUGAUCUAUUGGAAAAAAGACGAACUGAAGCUGAAAAAGAACAAGAAAAAGUUCGAUUGAAGAAAGUUAAACGCAAAGAAGACAAACAAAAAUGGGAUGAUCGUCAUUGGUCUGAGAAGGAUCACGAUGAAAUGACCGAACGUGAUUGGCGUAUUUUCCGCGAGGACUACAGCAUUACGAUCAAGGGUGGUAAGAUACCAAAUCCUAUACGAAAUUGGAAAGAAUCCGGAUUUCCCAAAGAAAUCACAGACAUCAUCGACAAUGUUGGCUACAAAGAACCUACACCCAUUCAGCGGCAGGCUAUUCCAAUUGGUCUACAAAAUCGCGAUAUUAUUGGUGUGGCCGAGACUGGUUCCGGUAAGACACUGGCUUUUCUUAUUCCAUUAUUGUCUUGGAUUCAAUCGCUUCCCAAAAUUGAACGUCUGGAAGAUGUAGAUCAAGGACCAUAUGCUAUCAUUAUGGCUCCAACUCGUGAAUUGGCUCAGCAAAUUGAAGAAGAAACAAUUAAAUUUGGUCAACCUUUGGGCAUACGGACGGUUGUAGUUGUGGGUGGUUUGUCAAGAGAAGAACAAGGUUUCCGUUUACGUUUGGGAUGUGAAAUCGUUAUUGCAACACCUGGUCGUCUUAUUGAUGUCUUGGAAAAUCGAUAUCUUGUGCUGAAUCAGUGUACAUACAUUGUUCUCGAUGAAGCUGACAGAAUGAUAGACAUGGGUUUCGAACCGGAUGUUCAGAAGAUUCUUGAAUACAUGCCAGUUACAAAUCUGAAGCCCGACACCGAAGAGGCCGAAGAUGCUAGCAAACUCAUGGAAAACUUUUACUCGAAAAAGAAAUAUCGCCAAACUGUGAUGUUUACGGCUACAAUGCCUCCGGCAGUUGAACGUUUGGCGCGUUCCUAUUUACGAAGACCCGCAACUGUAUACAUUGGAUCAGUCGGUAAACCAACAGAGCGUACAGAACAAAUUGUAUACAUGAUGGGCGAGAACGACAAACGCAAGAAAUUGAUGGAGAUUCUUUCGAGAGGUAUCGAACCACCAGUUAUUAUUUUCGUCAAUCAAAAGAAAGGUGCCGACGUAUUGGCCAAGGGUCUUGAGAAACUCGGUUACAAUUCGUGUACAUUGCACGGUGGUAAAGGCCAAGAACAGAGAGAAUAUGCAUUGGCAGCUCUUAAGAGUGGUGCCAAAGACAUGUUGGUUGCAACAGAUGUUGCUGGUCGUGGUAUCGAUAUUAAGGAUGUUUCCUUGGUUAUCAAUUACGACAUGGCUAAAUCUAUUGAAGAUUAUACCCAUCGUAUUGGUCGUACUGGUCGUGCGGGUAAAACUGGUAUGGCUAUUAGUUUCGUCACCAAAGAUGAUAGUCAGUUGUUCUAUGAUUUGAAACAAUGUGUAAUGGCAAGUCCCGUUUCGACGUGUCCACCAGAGUUGAUAAAUCAUCCAGAUGCACAGCACAAGCCGGGCACUGUGGUGACCAAAAAGCGAAGGGAAGAGAAAAUAUUUGCAUAGUUUAAGAACAAUUAAUAUGAGCAAUUUAUAUGUGUGUAAUGAUAUACUUUAGAGACAGAAAAAAAAAGAAA